AUGAAAAAUAGUAUAAAGAAUUAAAAUAAAAGAGAGUUUGAACCUUAACAAAUUGAAGAAAUCAAAUUGAUUGAUAUAUAUGGUAAUAAUAAAUUUAAUGUAGAAUGUAUGAAUGAUUCAGAUAUUGAAUAAUCUAGUGUGAUUAUUAAACUAGAAGAUUUAUUAAUAGAAAGCUAAUAAGGAGUUUUACUUAGUUUUGUGUCUUUAUAUUUAAAAUUAGUUGGAAUGAACUAUUGCAAUCAAUAUUUAAAGGGAUUAUGCCUUAAAACUCUUAACUUGGAAGAAAUAAUAAAUAAACUAGAAUGUCUUUAACUUGAAAAUUAGUCCAAUUUAAUUGAUGAAUAAUAAUGUUAAUAAAUUGAAAAUAAUAAGUUAUUAAAGUCAUUUUUUGAUACCUUAUUUUCAACCCAAACUUAAUUACCAUUCUAAUGUGAAGGCUUUUUCAAAUAUACAUAUAAUUGGCUUACAAUAAUAUCUUAAACAAAAUUUCGAACUGCAAGAUUAGCAGCUUUAGAAGUGAUAGAUUUAAUAAUUUAUUCUAUUUCUCAUUACUUACAAUUUAUAAGUAAAAUAUUAGUAUUAUAAUUAGAAAAUGAAUAAGAUUUAAAAGAAUCAACUAAAUUUAUAAACAAUAUAUUUGAAUAUUUAGUAACAAAUAGAGCCUAAGAUGUUUAAACUAUAAUUAAAAAAAAAACUGUACAAAUUCUGUUUCAUGCAUUUUUAAAUCAAGAUAUCCCAAUAGACCCAUAUUAUAGUUAUUUAGGUUGUUUAUUUUUAAGUGAAAAUCAUGAAUGUAGAGAAGCUGCUUUGAAUGAAUUAGACAAAAUUUUAAAAUCUUUGAUUGACAGUAAAAAAUCUUUAUAGAAAAUAAUUAAUUUUGUAUAAGAUGAACAAGAGGCUGUGAUGAGUUUAAUAUUUGAUCAAAAUGAAAGUAUACAAUUAAAAUUAAUCAACUUCUUAAAGGUAAAAUUUAUUAAAUUAUAAAAUUUUAGCUAUUCUCAAAAAAUGCAAAUGUUGUGAGUAAUUUUUUUAAAACCAAAACAUGUUAAGCUUUUAUUAGAAUUUUGUUUGCAAAAAAUUUAAGAGUACGAUAUGAAUCUACUUUUGUCUUGCAUUUAUUUGAAAAGCCAAUAACAACUGUAUUUAAAUUGACAGAAUUUUAUUUAACCUAUGCACCAUUUGAAAUUUAAACCUACGAAGAAAGCUAAAAUUUUAUAUUUUCAUUUGUUCAUAGUCACCCUUUUGUUUGUUCACCAGAGCAAUAUUCUUCAUUUUUUGAAGUUGAUUAAUAGGAAUAAUUUUAAAUAAUGGGUUAUUAUUUUUAUGCUUCCAUUUUAUAAUAUCAGCUUAAAUAGAAUAAAUUUUGGUGGUUAGAAACAAAGGAAGAAGAUUCUAGUUAUAUAGAUUAAUUUACAAAUUAUUUCUUUACAAAAACAAAAGCUUCUAUUGAUUUGAUCGAUGAGGUAUUUAUAUUAUAAUAUAAAUUUAUAGAAUAUACUUUUUCCUUAUUUACAAAUCUAUUAAAAUUUAAAUUCAAAGAUAAUCCCAAUUAAAGAAAUGAAAGCAAUUCUUAUAAGUGUAUAAAAGAUUUUUCAAAAAAGUCAAAAUAUAUAAAUAAUUAAUUAAGUAUGCAAAAUAAUGUUUAUAUAUCAAUAAUAAUUGUCGGAUUCAGAAGGAGUCAAAGAUUGCAUAAAGGAAUUAAUUAAAUACGGAAUAAAAGUAUAUAAGGAAAAAUUAAAUUUUUUAAAUAUUUAGAAAAUAGAAUGUUUAAUAAAGUAAAAUUUGGUAUUUCCUAAAUAAAUCUUAAAUCCUAUAAGUUCUAUUUUCGAAAUUAGAGAUGAAAAAUCUUUGAUAAUUAAUGCAAAUAUAUUAGCUAGUUCUCUUUAAAAUUAGAUAAGAAAUUUAUUAAAUUCAAAUAAGCCUUAAGAAAAUGAUCAUGAAGCUAACUACAAAGAAAUAAGGGAUCUAUUUUAUAAUUAUUGCUUUUAAAUUUUAGAAAACAAAAAUAAGGAUCAAUAUCACAUAACAAUUUUAUAACUAGUUAUUAAUAAUUUAAUUUAUACAAAUAAUUUUAAAUUGUACAGAUUAAACUUAUAAUAUAACAUUUCAUCUUAAACUUAUUAAUUGAUAUAUAUCCAUUUUCAUAAUUAUGUACUAACUGAAUUAUCUAGAUAGGCAAAAUUAGAAAAAGAAAAAUAAAAUGAUUUAAAAAAAAAGAAAAGCAAUACUUUAAUUGAUAAUUUACCAUAAAUAAGUAAUAUGUAAAUGGAAUUAUUUAACAACUCAAUAAAAUUAAUGAAUCAAUGUCCAUCAAUACUGAUUAAUAAAGAAUUUGGUAUAUAAUAUCUAUCUUAUUUAUUUGAAUUGAUGAAAUCUAGUUGUUACUUUAAUAAUUUAAAACCAACAAUUUUAACAUCUAUUUCACAAGCUUUAUAAAAAGUAUUAGAAAGUGAUCAUUAUUUAAAAAAAGAAGAAUUUUGGAAAUUCAUUGUUGAUUAUACCUAAAUUUAAUUAUAAUCUUAAAGUGAAGAUCUUUUUAAUGAAUUUGUUAAACUAUGUAUCAAUUCAUAUAUAGGAUCAGUUAAUAAAUUAAAUGUUAAUGAAAAGAGGAUGAAUUUUAUCAAUAAAUGUGCUGAAAUGAUUUAAUUAGGAUUUUAAGAUAUUUCAAAUAUAUAUUUGUUUGGUUUAUUAAGCCAUAUAUUUCAUAAGCCAACAAAAUUGUUGAAAACACUCUAAAUAGAUAAAUUAACGUAUUAAAAAUUUUAUGCAUUUUAUGAAUCAAAGAGUUCAGAAUAUCAUUAAAGUAGUAAAUAAAUGGAAGAGAAAAAAGAAAUAUUAAAAUCAGAAUAAUAACUUAGGAUAAGAUUAAAAUAACAAACUGGAUUAACAACUAAAGAGAUUAACAAAAUAGUUAAUAGAGUAUCAAAAAGCCCAUAAAAACUUGAUGUAGUUUAAAAAUGUGUAAUAGAUAAUAGUCAGGUAAGCAAUAGUAAGGAGAAAAAUUAAUAAAUUUCUGAUGAAGAAAUGGAAAUUCCUUUUUCAAAAUAGAAAGCAUCAUAAUGA